UAAAUGUGUUUCAAAGCAGCAACCUUUUUUUACAUUGCAAAGCAGAACCAUGGCAGGUUUAUUCAACUUUUGGUGUCAGGUAUGUUUUUAAUUGGCUAUUUUACAGGGCGUCAAUGUCAUUCAGCCAAUCCGAGACGUUUGGGUCGAAUAACCCGGAAAAAGGCGACAUCUUUCGAAGGCUCGCGACACUGGUUUCUUAGCAACCAGUGUGUUUGAAAGUUUCUCGGAGUAGUGGUCCGUUUUAACACGGCUGCAUUGACAAUUGUAUAACUUAUUUACAAUACAAAUUUUCAGUCAAAAUGGACAAUGUGGAAUUACUUUCAGACCGCAUUGCUAGGACAAGUCUACAGAGGCGUCGCAACAGAGAGACUAAAAGACAAGAAAGGAUUUUUAAUGACAAAGUGAGGACGAUUGGGGUUGAUAAGGAAGCCCUAGACAUGCAGGUGAAGGAAAAGAAGAAACAAGCAGAAGCAGAAAAAGAGAAACAAAACGCACGCGAUGCCAAUGUGCUCCAUAAUAGCAAAGUAGCUUGCCUUCUCCAUAGCAGACAAGUGAAGGAGAAGUGUGCGAUGGAAAAGGCCACUGUCAACUACCGGCAUCAGCACCAGCAGCCUUGGAGCCAGCGGGAGUUUGACCUGAAUGACCCAGACCGCUGUAGAAAAACAGACCUAGGUGAUGUACAGGUGAUGCUCCCUGGCCUGGUGGGCGAGGACCCGGACAGUAAAAGCAGACGGCAGAGACAGAGGGAGCAGCUCAGAGAGUGGCUCAUCCAGCAGCAGAGUGAGCAAGCAGCAGAAAGGCAUCAACGAAAACUGGAAGAGCAGCGCUAUGACCAAAGCAGAGUAGAAAUGGAUAACAAAGCUCUGCAGCUUCAGAGCCUUGACAUGGAGAGGAGAAAAGCAGCAGCUAUUGCCACUAAAGAGUACAAUCUGGCCAAGAUUGAAGAGACGCGUCGCCAGGAUGGGGAACGUAAUGAUGAGGACAAUCGAGCAGACACCAUGCAAGGACGGCUGACAGGUAUAGAUGCCGAACCCACCCUGGGCAUGGUGAGGGUGCCUGGUCUUUGUCCCAGCACUGAUAGGAGAGCCCCUCCGGAGAGCCUGCAGGAGAUCAUCCAGUUCCAGAAAUAUCAAAUAGAAGAGAAAAAGAGGAUGGAAUUGGAGAAAAAGCAAGAAGAGGAGCAACAUGAUCGCAUCCGCUUGGACUCUGCUCGUACAGCUCUGUUAAUAGAGAGGCAGCAGGCAAGACUGAACAAGCAGCUGAGACGACACCUGGACAGCACCAACAUCAAACUGGCCGAAACACACAAACAACAGAAACCAGACAUUGAAAGAGGAUGCAUUGACGACAGCUUCUUCUCCAAAUUCAACACCUGCAGCAGAUGAUGGAUGACAUGCUGCAGUGAUGACUGGCUCAUUACAGUGGCUAAGUACUGAUAAUAGUGCUACGUGAGAAGAACACUGAAUAAACUGAACUACAAAGUAAAUCAA